AUGAACACCCGUUCUUCUCCAAAAAGGCAAAAAUUUGCCGUGAUCUUCGUCCUCGGAGCCCCUGGUUCAGGCAAGGGGACGAUAUGCACCUUUCUUGCGCGCAAUCACAAUCUCUUGCAUUUCUCUGUAGGAGAUAACCUGCGUGCGUGGAUGGAAGCAAACCGUGAAACGUCUCUUGCGGCUCGGAUCCAGGAGAAGCUCGACCACCAAGGGUUUCUCACGUCUGCAGAACUGAACCCCCUCCUGGGCCUUGCGAUCGAGAAUGCAAUGCGGCAGGACAACCUAAAGGGAAUAUUGAUCGACGGCUUUCCAAGGUGUGAGGAGCAGCUCAACUCGUGGGCAAAGUGGCCCUUCCAGGAAAAGCUUCCUUUGGAGGGCGAUCCGAAGCCCGAUGUCGUCCUGUUGCUCAACGUGACGAGAGAGAAUGCAGAGGCGAGGUAUCUCGCGCGAGGUCGCGAUCGCAACGACAGUGCAGAGAAGUUCACGAGGCGAUUUGCCGAAUACCUAGAGGAGGGACUGCCUGUGGAACGAUACUACCGGCAAGCAGGUCUACUAGUUGACGUCGACAACAACGGUACCGUGGAAGAGAAUAUCGCGGGGCUUCAGAAGACGCUGAGAGGCAGUGCUCUUUGGAGUAGUGCAGUUGGGGAUCAGGAUAUGAAGCCUUCUUCAUUGUAUGAGCACUCUGGAGCUGUUUAUCUAGAGGGGGCCGAAUCCGACCAGGUUACAGUGUCGAGAGACGGAUACGGGAGUCGAUUCAGUAACGUCGCAAAACCACAUGGGCCCGGAACAACCUGA